CAAUCUUAUUUCCUGUCCACGUAGACAGAGAGAGAAACAAAUAUCUGUGUAUGGUAAGAGACCCCAAAACAAGAUGGCUGCUUUUCUUUCACAUGCUUUCGCAGCUCCUCACUUGAACAAAGAUUACAGGUAUGCGACUUGCUUUAAGCUUCAUCAUGUUUUCCCGAAAUUUGACAGGCUCAAAUGCUGUGGACUUAAUAAGGAGAACCCAGCAACAAGGAGCAACAAUUCUUCAGUUACAGCUCAGAAAAAAGAUGGGGGAGAACCUGAAAAUGUGGUGCUUAAAGUAGCAUGGUAUGCUUCUGAACUGCUUGGCAUAGCUGCUUCUGCUUUUCGACCACCGCCCUCCGAUGCGAUCGGCGAAUAUACCACCGAGCUUCCUUGUGACGAGUCAGGAGCCGUUGAUCGAGCUGAUGUUGUGGAGACAAUCAAACAAGACUUCCAAAGAUCUUACUUUGUUACAGGAAAUGUGACACUUGGUGCGUAUGAAGACGACUGUGAAUUUGCUGAUCCGGCAGGGUCUUUUAAAGGGCUUAGACGAUUUAAGAGGAAUUGUACCAACUUUGGUUCCCUUAUCAAAAAGUCUGACAUGAAACUCAUGAAAUGGGAAGACUUUGAGGACAAGGGUAUUGGACAUUGGCGUUUUAAUUGUAUCUUGUCUUUCCCUUGGAAGCCUAUCCUUUCUGGUUAUACAGAGUACUAUUUUGAUCCAGAAUCUGGUAAAGUUUGCCGGCAUGUGGAGCACUGGAAUGUCCCAAAAAUAGCUCUGUUGAAGCAAAUUUUGAAGCCUAGCCGGCAGGUUAAUCAAUAGGCGGUGUUCGAGGAGCAUUAGUUUUGAAAUUAUAAACCACAGGAAUGAGAGUUUUGUAAAUCGUGAUGCUUAUGUCUCUUUAUCCUCUCCUUUGGUAGAAGGAUUAUGCGAUUGAUGCUAGUCUAGUAGGUACAGAGAAGGCAUUGUAAUUUUGUGAAUACAAGAAAAUGCAUUAACUGGACUUUGCGAAGUUAACCCAACGAAUGCAAAAAUUUUGCACAUGGA